UUAAAAUGGAUGAUUUUCUAUAUGGAUUUUGGUGUGGGAGGUUCUUUAAUAAUCCUCAAUGGACUAGUUAAUUAAUAAUAUAUAGUUAUACACUUUAUUAAUUUUAUUGCUCCAUUAUUACAUUGCUGUGCAACCUUUGGUGUUUUCAAAGGCACCUGUUCAUAGUAUGAGAUAUUAUUAUUAUUAUUAUUAUUAUUAUCAUUGUUAUCAGUAGUAUCAUGAUUAAUGAAUGAGAUCACACACAGGUUCAUUUUGCAUUCAUGCCAUGGUGUCUGUUUCCGUGGUGACGUCUCUUUGCGUCACAGAGCAAACCUGACACUGAGGAGGAAAUAUAGGACAACAGGAGGAAGAGGAGGAAGUCUGCGGUGAACACAGAGAGAGAGAGAGAGAGAGAGAGAGAGAGCGAGAGAGGACAACAGAGGAAUCUGCUUCAUCUCAGCAUCAGUGUCUUUCAGCUCCAGCAGGAUGAAGGAGCUGCAGCAUCUCUCUCUGCCCGGAGCGUGAGGAGACUUCCUGGUUUCCAUCUGCCUGCUCGUCCUCAGCCUCCUUUACCUCCGCCUCACCCUCUGUGUGUGUGUGUCUCUCUGAUCUUCCUCCUCCCCUCCUCCCCCUCGCUUGUGUCUCUGCAGCAGCAGCUGACAUCAUGGAUGGAUUCCGGCUGCCGCCGCUCAUAGAAGAGGUGCUCGACCCGUCCGAUGAGCUGUGUGAGCUGAAGGACAAAGAGGAAGACGAUGAGACGCUGAGAGAUGGAGAGAAAGGACAGCAGGAGGAAGAGAAGGAGGUGAAGGACGAGAAGGAGGAGGAACGAGGAGGAGGAGCUGAGGAUGAAGAGCUGGAGGUGGAGGAGCUGAGAGCUCAGGUGCUGCAGCUGCUGAUGGAGCUGGAGGAGACGAGGGAAGUCUCUCAGAGACACGAGGACAGUUUCACUGAGUUGCAGGGUUUUUUGGAAGAAGAGCGUCUGGCGAGCGCCCACCAGGCCGAGAGUUUCACCAGACAAAUCCAGAGACUGCAGGCACAGUUGCGGUCAAUCCAGGAGGAGAUGGACAGUCUGGAGGAGGAGAAGGACAGAGAGCUGGACGAGGUUCAGGAGGAGCUGCGCUCUACUCAGGAGGAGGUGCUGCUGCUGCAGCAGGCGGCUGAGGAGACGGGAGCCGAGAGGGAGAACGACAUCGCCUCCCUGCAGGAGGAGCUGUGCCGGCUCAGGGCGGAGCUACAGCGUCUCCACGCCACGGCGCAAGAGUACGAGCUGGAGAUCACAACGCUGCGAGCUGAAAUCACCAUGAAGAGACAGAACACCGAGCCGCGUCCACAUGGUGAGAUGACGCAGCUUAAGGACCAGAUGGACGUCCUGAAGGACGAGCGUCAGACUCUGAGUGAUGGCAACAAGCAGCUGAGCACCAAAGUGGACCAACUGCAGCAGCAACGAGACAUGUGUGAGGACGUGUACCUGGCUGUCAGAGCGCAGGACGACCAGGUGAGGGCGCACUCUUACAUCACCGUGUCUCAGGCUCCUGUGGCAGGCGAUCAAGAGGACGGCGUCUCUGAGCUCCAAGUCCUGACAGUCCAGCUGAGAGACGCAGAGGAGAUGGUUCAGAGGGCUCAGAUUCAGUGUGACGGUCUGAAGAGCGAGCUGGCCGAGCUGCAGCAGCGGUACGACCACAGCCAGUGGGAGCGAGCGGCGCUGGAGCAGGAGCUGCAGCGCUACAGGGCGGAGCUACAGAAGCUGGGCGGGAAGACGCAGUUUGGGGUUUCUCAGCAGAACGACUCUGAAGGCUGGAACGUGGCGGUGGUGGCGGUUGCUGUGGCGGCCAUCUUGGCUCUGGUCAUCCCCAGCUUCACAAGGGCCUGAGGAACUCUGGGAUACGCGUCACCUGACUCACGCUGCCUUCAUACAGUUGCUCUCCUGAUGUCCACACCUUGCCUCACUCUGUCUCGUGGGUGGGGCUACCACAGCGGGUCAUCCUGAACGCCACAAAUUACAGUGAGAGCCAGAGGGAAAAGCAGUAAGCUCAUUUAAUUCACACUUGUCCAGUAGGAAUACUUAGGUCGUUAAAUAGUGACCGAGUUAAUACUUUAUUAACACGUUUUUUUUGUCAUUUUUUUAACUGAUAUACAUAGUCAAUUGAAAGAGGGCCGAGUUCGUAGCCCUGUGGAAUGCCUUCAGGGAUGGAGUUUGUUUGUAACAAUGAAAGAAAACUGCGUCGGUUGUUAAUCACUAAAUAAUUUACUUUCUGGAACUUAUAGGUUUUAUUUUGUCACAAAUAAAUGGUGUUAGCUCAGAGUGAUAGUGAUAGUGAGACCAAAGCUUUAAAGGUCGGAAACCACUGGUUUAUUUUUUUAAAAGGCUUGAAAUGUUAUUCAUUUAAUUCAUCAAAUGUUUAACGGAAACUUUUUUAUCAGAACAAAGAAAUAGUAAUGAAAUGUAGUAAAAAUUAAUAAAUUUUUUAUCUAUUCUUUUCUAUUGUUUAUAUUCACUUAAUAUAAACAAACAAAAAAGCACAUUUAAGGAGGAUGGCAGGAAAAAAAUAAACACAUAAAUGGGAAAAUAUUCAGGCACAGGCAUGUAGUUUUUAAACAGUUUCAGCUCUAAAAAUAAUCUUAUUUUUUCAAACAGAAUUAACAAACUGGUUGACUCACUUUUACUAACAACAAAUGAAAACGUAGAACUCUGUAACUUGUGUUUGCCAAAGUGAUCGUUGCCAUUUUUCUGGUUUCACUGUGACAGUUUUCCACAAAAUAGUUAGAACAGUUUGUCUUUUUGAAUAUUGGUUAUGUUACUAAAUAUUUCAUUUUUAAAUUUUAUUUGAAAGAAUAUGGUGGAAAAGUGGACAGUUUUAUUAAAAAUAUAUUAUUAUUUAUCUAAAACAAUUUAUCACCUUACAAAAAAUGGUUUUCCUUCAUACAAUUCUUAUUUAACAGUAAUAUUUGAUUACAUAUGAUUUGUUUUACAAAUCGGUCUACAAAUCACUCAGUCGUCCCUGAUUUUGUGUUUAUAAUAAUUCAAUUACAAAAAAUUUUUUUUGAACAUACACCUGUUUAAAGCUGAUGUAAAUAGUAAAUGGAAAGCGGACCCAGUACGUAGCCCUGUGGGAUGCCUUCACCAAAGAUGUCUUUGUAAAGUUGAACGAAACAGACUUAUAGAUUAAAUUUAACUGUAGCUGCAAAACUGAUUCAAACCCAGACAGAAAGUGAGAACUUUUUGUUUUGUAGCAUUAAAUCUUUUUAUUGGAGAUUAUCUUUCUUCUUUUACACAUGCGCAAGUUUCAUUGUUUACAUGUAAGUGGUGACCAAAUAAUAAUAAUAAUAAUAUUAAAUACAAUAGUAUAAACUUGACCAGAAGUUUUAAUGACCGAUCGUAUUUAGAGUUGAGUUAAACUGUCUCAAUGAUAGUGAUGACCUUUUACAAAAUAAUAUACAACAGUAUCAGACAUUCCAUAAUACUUUAUUUUUAAAAUCAUUACACAUUUAAAUAUGUAAAAGACUGUUGUGAAUAAAAUGACUGAGCUGUGUUUGAAGUGGCAUUAAUGUGACGAAGCAAUCAAACUUUAGUAAAAUUUAAUUUUUGUUAUCACGUAUUUGAUCAUUUAUAUGUUCACAACCUAUCGAUUUACAUCAUAACUGAUAAUAACUAAUAACCAGCAUGUGUUAUGGAGACUUUUGUACAAUUUUCAGCAUGAGAGAUAUCAUUCAUUUUAACGAGAGAGAGGAAUAUAUGAAAAUGUAGAUAAACAGGUUUUGUUUCUUAUGUCAAAACUCUGAAACAAAAAAGACAGAAUAUGUAAUAUUUUCUCCAAUUUUGUUUGUCAAAUUCAUGACUAUUUCAACAAAGUAGAAAUGAAUGAGAUGUCAAAAUACUAUCUCAUAAUUUUAAGUCAAAUAUUUGAGGUGUCUUAUAAUAAAGAGUUUUAAUUUUUUUUUAAAUGAACUUAUAUUUUUGUCGUACAUCUGAACACAACGGUUGGUUACAGCCCGUGUUUUCUGUCUUUACGUCAAUAUAAAACCAUAAAUAAUAUAAAAUAUAAUGUUCCCAAACAAAUUUACGUUUCAUUUGUAACUGCAGGACCCAAUGUGACAAACAAAAACGUUUCACCCCCCCCACGUGAAAAGGUUGUGAAAUAACUGUGAAUGUUCAUACCAAAUGUGAGAAAUUUAGUUUUACACAGAUAUUUUAUUGUGCACGUAAAAACAAACAGAUCUCUUCCACGAUUCCAACAGCAUGCAAAUAUUAUUCAAUAGAAAUGCUGCAUUUAUGUAUUUUAUUUUUAAAUUAAUGAUGUAUAAUAGUGUUGAAGUUAUUUUUAGUUUUUAGGUAAAAAAAAAUUAAAAUAAAAUGUCACCAAGUGUUUGCAAACAUAUGUAGCAGUGAAACAUUCUCUAAUAAAUAACAACAUCCUUUUAUGGAUCAUAUUAUUACUUAAUUUUGUGUGUUAAUGUUGUUAGUUAUUGAUCAUAUUGAUUAUUGUAAUCAGAGUAUGUUCCUUAGUAUUACCUCACACAUGUUAGCAUCUGUAGCCAUGUUGCAUGUUAGCAAUGUUGUGAUUCUGCAUGAAAAUAUAAACAUAUAGAUUUAUGUUUAUGAAUGUGUAAUUUGUUUGUAUUAUUAAUCAGGUUUCUCAUCACUUUACCUGUGUGUUCAGGAGGUGUUAGCUUAGCUUAGCUGAAAAAUAUUUCUGUAACAUCGUAGUUAACGUAGUAAAUGCUAUGUUGUAUGUUUAUAGCCUGGUAUUAUUAUGGUAUAGAAGCUACAGGUCGAGUUUCAAACUUGUUUUCUAGAUAGCUAACAAGCUAGCUUACAAAGUUACAGUUGUCAUUUCAAAGUAUUGUUUUAAAUGUUAUUUGAACAAAAAAGAAGAAGAAGCUAAAACCAUGUGGAAAAUACAAACAUUAGCUGUUUUAGGUAUGUAGCUGAUUUAAUUAAUCUAUUUGUAAUAAUGUUUGUGUGACACUUUUUGUAUAGUAGUUACUUGUUACAGCUAGCAGGUUGCAGGUCAUCUUAUGUGCGUAGCCACAAAAAACAGACUAACUUAGCAUAAAAACUGGAAGAUAGGGAACCUGUUAGCCUAAGUAAAUAAAAGUGUCUGAUGUCAUAUCUUGUUUAUUUGAAAUGCAUUAAAAUAAAGAUUACUAAACUAAACACUAUAGAAGCUAUUUUAAAGUGCAUGCUCAGCUAGCAGGUCCUUGAUUUCAGUCUUUGGGCUAAACUAAGCUAAUUUAUCCUUGACCACUGUUUGUUCUAAGGUAGGCUAACUCGUCCUAGGUCAAUGUUUGUGCUAAGGUAGACUAACCCGUACUAGGUCAAUGUUUGUGCUAAGGUAGGCUAACUCAUCCAAGGUCAGUGUUUGUGCUAAGGUAGGCUAACUUGUCAUCGAUUAUUGUUUGUUAUAAGCUAGGCUAACUCAUCUUGGGGCAAUGUUUGUGCUAAGAUAGGCUAACUCAUCCCGGACAAAUGUUUGUGCUAACUCGCUCUAGGUCAAUGUUUGUGCUAAGGUAGGCUAACCCGUCCUAGGUCAAUGUUCUUGCUAAGGUAGGCUAACUCAUCCAAGGUCAGUGUUUUUUGCUAAGGUAGGCUAGCUCAUCCUGGACAAAUGUGUGUGCUAAGAUAGGCUAACUUGUCCCAGACCACCAAUGUUUGUGCUAAGCUAGGCUAACUAAUUCUGGACCAAUGUUUGUGCUAAGCUAGGCUAACUCAUCCUGGUCACAGGUUAAACUGAUGUCUCUGAAGAAGACGUUUGACACAUUCUGUGUCUCUGUGCAUCGUCCGUUAGCUUUAGUUGUGUCAGAUGUGAGAUCUGAGUCACCUGUCUGAUGUUUAAAAUUAUGAUGAUGAUUAUUUUAUUUCUUCAUGUUUCUGCACUUUAUGUCUGUUUGAAUGUGACGACUUUUGUUAAAUUAAGUCUGUACAUUUUGUAAAUGAACAAAAUAAAAGUAGUUUAUCCUGAAGCAAA